AUGAUUCAAUCAGCAGAACUUAACUUGGAAGAUUUUGCUAUCUCUCCAGAUCAUGGCUUUCUUCCAGGAGGACUUCCACUCCAGAAAUUACCUUCCACAUACUAUGCGCCGUGGGAGAAUCUCGCUGUCCGGCUGCCAACCCUUAUUCAGACUGGCCAGAUCAGGCCAUUAGUCGAUAAUCUUCCAGUUCUGACAACCUCACGGUUGCAAUCUGAAUCAGAAUGGCGCCGUGCAUAUAGCAUCCUCGGGUUUCUAACUCACGCAUAUAUCUGGGGCGGCGAAAAACCCCAAGACGUAAGCAAAAGCUCCUUGUUCAACAAUCAGGCCCACUUUCUUCUAACAUCAACCGGCAAAAAGAUCCUUCCUCCCUGCAUCUCAAAACCCUUACUCGAAAUCUCCUCUCAUCUGGCCCUCACCUUGUGGAACUAUACCACCGUUCCAGAAGCAGACAUCACAGAACCUGACAACCUCUCUCUCUUGACGUCCUUUACCGGGACUAAAGACGAAGAAUGGUUUAUCGUAAUAUCAGUUGCCAUAGAGGCAAAGGGUGCCAGAAUCAUCUCUUUGAUGCUAGAUGCAAUCGCCGCAGCCGCCGCCAACGAUGUCCCGCGCCUCACCGCACUACUUUACAGAUUCACUGAUAUCCUCGAAGAUCUCAACUCGACUCUUCGCCGAAUGUACGAGAAGAACAAACCGGAUGUUUUCUUCCACCAGCUCCGCCCCUUCCUCGCUGGAAGCAAGAACAUGAGCGCUGCAGGUCUUCCCAACGGCGUAUAUUACGAUGUUGGCGAGGGAAAGGGAGAGUGGCACCAGUAUAGUGGUGGGAGCAAUGCUCAAAGCUCACUGAUUCAAACAUUUGAUAUCUUCCUCGGUGUCAAUCACUCCGCCACAGGGGAUAUCAAACCUGCCGGAACGGGAUAUAUUCAGGAAAUGCGAAAAUACAUGCCCGCCCCUCACAGAAACUUCCUGAAAACCCUAUCUGCAAUCUCAAAUAUCCGCGAGUACAUACUCUCCUCGCCGACCGAGCAAGCUCUAAAAGAAUCCUACAAUGCUGCGGUCCUGUCUCUAAGUUCCUUCCGGGAUACUCACAUUCAGAUCGUUUCGCGGUAUAUAAUAAAGCCAGCGCGAAGUGGUGUGCCCUUGAAGAACGAGAAGGUGAAUCUAGCCACGGCUAGUACACAGAUGAAAGGGUUGGAUGAUAAAAAUGCCACCGGUCUUUAUGGUACGGGUGGGACUAGUUUGAUCCCGUUCUUGAAGCAGACAAGGGAUGAUACAAAGGCUGCUACUUGCUAA